AUGUCGAACGCCAUCCCCCGAUUCUGGUCGCAACCCAUCCGCUACCUCCGCUGGGCCUCCAUUGAGAAGCCCGCCAUCUUCUACUCGCUCAUUAUCGGCAGCAUGGGUCCUGUGGUAGCCAUGACUGUGCCGCCCAUCAGGAACAUGCUGGGGGAUCACAAGAGACCCGAGAUCCCGCUGACAUAUCCAAGUAGUUCCGACCGAACCGCGAAAGAAGCUCGAAGGUUUCGAGGACAAGUGAUGGGAUGGGGGCAGACGGUGGAGGGGUUGGUUGAGGGGCUGGGCUGUACAUAUCCAGGCGUUAUAAUGGAAGCAUCUACUGCUGCUGCACGGAAACGACGACGAAACUUGGCCUGGUGGGCUUGGGUACACCACUCUCUAUCUGUGCAGAGGUAUGCGGUUGGGCUGGGAGUAAUGGCGAGUUUGUUGAGAACACGCCUCUGGUCAUUGCCGCGAGACGAAUGCGGUGGCGAGACGGAUCUCGAGGCCGAGGGCUUGGCAGACUUGCUGCAUCUGGACGUGGGCUUGGACCUGGACGCUAAGCUGGAGUCCGAGCAGAAGGUUGGAACUGGUAUGCUUGAUCCUCCACCGCCGGCGACCCGUCCCGUCCUGUCCAAGGAGCACCUCUCAGAUCCCACGUGGCUUCGGCGGGGACAUGAUCCCACAUACAACGGCGUGUCGAAUUCCCGGCUGGGACCGUCGUUGAAAGACGAUUCGGUGGUGGCCCAGCGAAACUGUGAUCAAGUGCGAAAUCUGCCGGGAAUGUGUGAUCCGGUGACCAAAGAUAACUGGGAUCCGGAAACGAAAAAUCGGGCAGUGAAACUCAUGAUGGAGGCGAAUAGGGAACGCUUGAAAAGCACUGGGAGGGCGAAGUUCAUUGCCAUAUCCAAGCUGCUGUUGGAUUCUAGCCAGUUGCUACCGAAGAGGAGUCUCUGGCUGGUUCGGGAUUUCUGGUUCAAUAAGGCUGAACAGCCUAUGCUCCUGGAAGAGAACUGCUUCGUUCACGACUCGUCCGACUGUUUCUGUGUGGAAAUCUAUCACAGCAGGGACUAG